AGUCGCGCGAAUCCUCAUCAUAAUCCUCAUCUCUCUGUGCCUCAACUUCCUCCUCCUCGCCUGGAUGCGACGACUCCAGCACGGCUUCCAUGAUGAUUUGUGGGUGGAGAGAUCCCGCACACUACAGAAAGGCCUGAGAAGCCACCUCCAGGCAACCAUAGAUACAAUGAUCUGUGGACGAGAGAGGGCUGUGUUUUUUAACGGUUCAACCUCCCUCUAUGUCGCCAACUGGCGCUCACCGAGCGAAUCAAUUUACUCAUUCCGCCUCCUUAUAAUCACAGCAGCCAAGUACGAGCAACUUUUGCUUGCAGAGUGGGACAAAGAGGAGCUUUUGAAAGGCGAUUUCCUUGUUGUCUAUAUUAGAUCCGGAUACUUGGUGCUUGUUUUCGAUCCCGGAAGAGCACUGACCGAGCUCGUGCAUCCUCACUCUUUGCCUCGCAAUCGAUGGUUUGAUGUGCAUGUGUGGAGGAAGGAUAAACAGGCUGGUCUGACUAUUGACAAUGUGUCUGUGACGACGGAUGUGCAAGGGGUUGCUCUUGCAGUCAACUCGAACUCUGGGUUGUACAUUGGUGGAGUACCAGAGGGACACAAUGUUCCCGAUGUGUUGCCCCUCCAUGGAUUUCUCGGCUGUGCAAUCGAUCUGAAACUGAAUAACCAUCCGAGAAGCCUGAUGAAACUGAUGCAAUCAAAACAAUGAGG